UAUUCAGCUCUCAGAUUAUGUACAAAUCUCAAUUUUGAAAAAUUUACUCUUAAAACUGAUUUUGUGGUCCAGGGUCACAUAUCAUGAUUCUAUGAAAAUCUCUUAUCUCAAGUAGCUUUGCACAGAAGAGCGGAAGUAUUCUUUGUGGCGUUUGAUUCUGUACGGACUUCUUAUUGAAUGAACGAAACAACUUCCGGCUUCUAAACAGCUCAAGCAGCGGAAAUCAUUAAACUCAGCGGAACUAAUCUGCGCAGCAUUCUCAGUUCUGUUUUUUUUUUUUUUUAACGACAUCUAACGUCUUAAAUUUAGAAGUUAUUUGGUGUGAAACCGUGUGAAAUUCAGUUUGAGCUUCCUGAUUAUGGUGUAAACGGAGCAGUUCAGUGACCCUGACAGCUGCAGGUGUGUGUGAGAGUGUGUAUGUUGGUAUGCUGACGUUAGCCAGUAAGCUGAAGAGGGAGGAGGGUGUGAGGGCUGGCCGGACCCCUGCAGGCUCCAACGAUGCCUCUCAUAGAGUGUCCAUCAGAGACCGACUGCUCAUCAAAGAUGUUUCAGAACUUGAGGCUAACCUUCCAAAUACCUGUAAAUUAACGUUUCCUGAUGAAAACAAACUCUGUCACUUCCAGUUGGCCAUUUCACCAGAUGAAGGCUAUUACCUUGGUGGAAAGUUUCAGUUUGAGAUUGAAGUUCCCGAAGCCUAUAAUAUGGUGCCUCCUAGAGUCAAGUGCUUGACUCGGAUAUGGCAUCCAAACAUUGCAGAAACUGGGGAGAUCUGUCUGAGUCUAUUGCGAGAGCAUUCAAUUGAUGGUACUGGAUGGGCACCCACUCGUACUCUAAAGGAUGUAGUGUGGGGACUGAAUUCACUCUUCACUGAUCUUCUUAACUUUGAUGACCCACUGAAUAUAGAUGCAGCGGAACAUCAUUUACGGGACAAGGAGGAUUUUAGGAACAAAGUUCAGGACUUCAUCAGAAACUAUGCAAGAUGAUGUCUCUGUUGAGCCACACUCACAUGCAUGUGACUUUGCAGAUGUACAUCAAUCCAGACUGCAACAGAGACAAAAUCUCAAACUAUUAAAACAUUCUUGGGGACAGAAGAAAGUAAAAAUGCAUAUUGAAUGACCCUGCAAGUCCCUGAUCAAGAUUUGGGAGGGGGGUGUGGGCCUUACUUUCCAUUUUCGAUAGCUUUUUUUAUUUGUUUUUUGAAGCGGACAAUCAUGCAGCUACUUCAUCAAGUUUGCUUUUACCCCCACCCACAAAAAAAGAAGAAAAAAAGAAAAGAAAAAGUACAAAGACGGUGAUCGUGAAAAUGAGGACGUAUAACCUCGCUGAUGUCACCUCCUAUGCUAGUGCCUCUGUUUUUGCCACUUAUAACUGGACACACGUUGUAAGCCGACUUCUGCGGCCUGCUUCUUCUCAAAACUUGACUACCUACAAACACUGAGAUUGAUUUGUUUAUAAGUGAUGUCAUAGAAAUCCCAAAGUUCCAUUGGUUCAUUCGCUCUGGGGGAGGAGUCAACCGAUGAGGAAUCACAAAAAUAUAUAGCACUGAUGUCCCAUGGAAUACAUUGGUGGGUUUCCGAGCGGAUUCUGUAAAGCUGUUUCAUGUAACUCGGCACCUCUCCAUGUAAAAUCACUGCACUUAUCGGACUACUCAGUAUCACGUGUACAUGCGCAGAUAUCAAAAUGUCUGUGGGUGCCUCUGAAUGAGUCAUGAAACCGUUUCAGUUCAAAUAUGUGAGGUGUUCACAGGUGAAUCUCGUGAUUGUCCGGGUCACAUUUCUAUGAAAGCCAGUUUACACAAUGAAAUAAAAGUAAAACAUUUAAUUGUGACCUUUUAUCUAACAAUUCUGACUUGAUAUGCAGAAAAAGAUGAACCCAGAAUUGCAAGAAAGUCAGAAUUCUGAAUUACUUUUGGAAUUUGGACUUUUCCUCCCAAAUUCUGUUUACAUCGCACAACUCUCAACAACUUUUUUUUUUUUGGCCAUGGAAAUAAAGAAUAAACAAAGGUAAUUAAAAAUGAGUUUUUAUCUCAUAAUUUGGAUUUUUAUUCUUUGAAUAAACAAUUCUAAGAAUAAAAGUCUGAAUUACGAGGUUAAAGACUUAAGAACAUAACUGUAAGAAACUCAGAAUUGUGAGAAAAAAGUUAGAAUUGUAAGAUAAAAAGGUCACAAUGUCCUUAUUAUUAUAUGGCAGAAAGGAGCUUUACUACUAUUUACCCACAAAUCACAUGGUAAAAACAAGAAACUCUAUUUUGAAUGUAAUGAAGAUGUGCUGAUAAAGAUUUUGAGCUAAUAAAUUAAGCAUGUUUUCCCCACAUUUAAACAAUAUAUAAUUUUUCCUGCCUUGGGGCAGUGAGUUUUUUUUUUUUUUUUUUUUGUCAAAAGUUAAUUAUCAUCAAAUAAUACAAAAAAAGCUAAAUAUUAUUUAGUACUUCUAAUGUUUGUGUGAAAUCUGACCCAAACAUGUUCAGGACGAGUUUGUGAGAUUCAUUUUCAUCAGUGUAUACACGCUGUUCAGCUUUACUGAUGUAUGCAUGUAUACAAGAAUACCUGGAUGCAUGUACUGUGUUUGUGUGUGUGUGUGUGUGUGUGUGUGUGUGUGUGUGUGUGUGUGUGUGUGUGUUUGAGCGGGAGAGACAGUGUUUUUAAUUCAUGUCUGAUUGGUAGCAUGCACUGGGCUACUGAACUGCUCAGCCAUAAAGCCUGUUUAAUUAGGAAGGAUUUACUUUAUUUAAAUUGAUUUCUUUUUCUCCUUAGAGGUGUAUAUCCAUUUGUAAAGUAUAUUAAAGAAGAAUUCUACCACUAA